AUGGUGCAGCGCGGGCCGCGGGGCCGGGGCGCGGAGGCUCGGCGGGAGCCCUGCGCCCCGCUGCCCGCCCGUGACACCGAGCCCGCCUGGUGCAAGACGCCGAGCGGGCACAUCAAGCGGCCCAUGAACGCCUUCAUGGUGUGGUCCCAGCAUGAGCGCCGCAAGAUCAUGGACCAGUGGCCCGACAUGCACAACGCCGAGAUCUCCAAGCGCCUGGGCCGGCGCUGGCAGCUCCUCCACGACUCCGAGAAGAUCCCCUUUGUCAGAGAGGCUGAGCGCCUGCGCCUCAAGCACAUGGCUGACUACCCCGACUACAAGUACCGACCUCGGAAAAAGGGCAAGGUGGGCACCGGAGCAGCCCGCCCGCGGCUCCCAGUGAAGAUCAAGCCCUCCGUGUUGGGCCGUGUCUCUGCCAGCCGCAGGCAGCCCGCCAAGCUGCCCACCGGCCCCGAUACCCCGCAGGAGCCCGCACCAGAGGUGCCCGCUGAGGACAGCCCUGUGGUGCCUGGCACGGCUGCCUGGCACUCGGCACCCGACGGGGAGCACAGCCCCCAGGAGCCCCCUGCACCCCUGAGCCCUACCACACCCUGCCCGGAGCCAGGGAGGUCCCCGGAGAGCGGGUCCCCCUCUCCCAUGUCGGCUGGGUCCCCUCCCUCUUCCUUCAGCUCCUCCGACGAGGAGCUGGAGGAAGAGAUGCUGGGGAUCAUGCCCGGGCGGGCGCCUGCCAGUGCCACCUGUGGUGCCCUGGACUGGUCCGUCUUCGACAAGGACCAUGACCUCUACCCGCGGGGAGGCUCCUCGCACUUCGAGUUCCCGGACUAUUGCACGCCCGAGGUCAUAUCAAAAAACAACCCAGGAAAAAAAACAAAAACAAACAAACCGAAACCAGCUGUUUACAUGCAGGAAUCAGGUAUUUUGCCUUGAAGCUGCUGGAAGGCAGAACCCCUGCUCCCCCCACCCCCUGGCACACACCCAUUCUCCAUCCGUCUGUCUGUCCGACUCUCGUGCCCGCAGGACGCAUGGCCGCCCGCCGCGGUUAUUUGUCCGUGAAAUGCAUCUCAUCGGGUUUUCAUUGUCACACCCGGCCGCUUUCCCCCAUGGCCCCGGCGCUGACAGCCAUGGCUGCUCCCGGCCGCUCCCAUCUUUGCCAGCACCGUGUGCCCUCCCGCUCUCCAAGAAGCAGGAGCAUCCACGCCACCCCAGCUCUUGGUGCCCACCCCACCUUCCCCAUCCCUUGGAGAAUGGCUGAUUCCGUUUGGUUUUUGACUGCAUUGAACGCAUGGCUUCAAUUUUCUCCUCUUCCUCUUUGCAGCCCUUGGGGAGGGAUGCCGAGCCAUGCCAAACUGUCCCUUCCCAAGUCCCUGUUUUGUGAGGGGUCCCUGGCUUGGGGGUUCAGUGUCCCACAGCAGUGUCUCCGUCCCUGUGGCGUGUGCUCCCCGCCACUCGCUUUGGGAAGAGUGAAGUUGCACACACGUGACGAGCACGUGGGCGCGGGAGGCUGUGUUAUUUCUCUUGCCAGGCAGUUGUGCACGGAAAGCUGUGCCACGGAGGGAGCCCGUGUCCGGAGUCACCCCAAAAUUGUAUGCGGACCAGCCCUUCACUAAGCAGCCAGCCCUCAUUUUAACCUUGGAGCCUGUGCCCGUGCAGGACCUGCUGUGGGCUGGCUGACCUUGGCCGGUGGAGCCGGGUGUCACCGUGCCCAGCCGUGGCAUGUGGUGCUGCCGGGAUGGCAGGGAGCAGCAUGGAAGGGCAGGGUGGCAGGGAAGGGCAGCUGUGGGAAACCUGCCUUAAGCAACCACCCAAACUGGUCCAAGAGCAGCUGCAGCCAGUGCUGGUGGGCGUGUGGGGUGUGGAUGAUGCUCUAGCGCAGGGCUCCUCCACACAGUACCACGCUGGGCUCCGCUGCCGGCCACGCCAAGAGCAGGGACAUGCUGGCAGGGAAGAUGCUGCUGCAGCGGCUCCUCCAGCUGGGAUUUUCUUUGCUUUUCCUAAUGGCUCCUUCCUGCGACAGCCGCCUCCUCCCACUGCCGGGAGCACGUGGCUGCAGUGCUGGCUCGGCAGCUGCCGCAGGCUGUGGUUGGGGGGGGCAGGGGCUGCGCUCGGGUACAGCUGUGCUGGGUGGGGACCCCACGCAUCCCUGAGGACGUGGUCAUGGCUGGGACUGGCAGCGUCUGCAAGAGCUGUACUGGGCUCAGCAGCAACCCCUGCUUGAAGCAGCCCCUGCAGCCCCCCAUGACCCCGAUUCCCCAGGGGUUCUGGGUUUGUGGGGGGGCCCUCCGACCCUUCCCUGCAAGUGGGGUGCUGGCGGCAGCAGACCACCCACUGCCUGUGGCUCUGCCUCCCUGUUUUGGGGCUGCCGGUUCCCCAGUCACAGACUGCCCUGUGCCUGCCCCUUGCUGUCAGGCUGGGCUGAGCCGUGACCAAGGGAAGGACAUUCCCCUCCCAUGUCCUAAAGGUGCCUCGGAGUAGGUGCCUGGCCCUGCUGCUGGAGCUGCUGGUGGCCCUGUCUCAGCCGUGGGGAUAGGCACUGCAGCGCAGGGAGGGGUGUGUCCCCGGGCCCUUUGAAGGGAUGCUUGAUGUCCCCCAGCGCAGCCCCUGGGGGCCCCUCGAGGCCCCCCGCGAUGGUCAACCAUCAGCAGUGUAGAUGUGUCGGUGUGUAGCGGUAGCUGUGCGUGUGUGUUGGCAUUAGCCACGGUGUUUCCGUACCCCCGUGCGGGUGCCAGCCUGCGGAGCCAGGCGGGCAUCACGCAUCAGACACGUGUUCCCUGGAUAGAGCGCGUCCUCUUCUCUGCGUCCCCUCCCUCCCCGGCCGUCCCCCACCGGAUCCAGUCCCGCCCCCAAAGGUGGAAAAGCCAAAUAAGCGCCAGGACAGCCGUGAUUCUGGCAGCCUGCUCCCGCCUCACCGCCGCCUCGGGGGGACUUUGCCUUCCCAGCGCCUGGGCAGCCCCGCGCCAGGAGCAUCUGAAGCCCCCUCCCAUGUGUGAGCCGGGUUUGGGGUUCCCGUGGGGUCCGGCGGUCCCAGAGCUCUCUGUCACACACGGAUCUUACCCAGCACCUCGGUGCCUUCUUGGGGUGCACAGCCACCCCAUGCUGUGGCCAGGGGUUCUCAGGGAGGGUGCUGAGGCUGACAGUCAUCUGCCCUCCAUCCCUGUCCAUGGGGAAGCCAAAGCCCCCGGGUACCAGCAAGGCCUGAGACCACACUGAGGGUCUCGCAUCACAUAUGUGCUUUGCUGACCCUGCAGCUCAGGGCUCAGCUUCCAUUCCUAGGGGGUCCCGGUGGUCCCCUAUGUGCUGUGCAUCACCCUUGAGCCAGGGUGAUCCCUCCACAGACUGUCAGGCGAAAUAUUUCCUCAGGAGCAGGUUCUGGGUCAGUGCCAGAACCGGAGCCAGCGCUGGGGUCUCCUGCCCUGGCCGCAAGCACAACAUCAUCCGCUUUGUCCCCGUCCUCACCCCUGUCCCCCUCCUCAAGUCUCGCCGGGUGUGUUUGUCAGGGAGAACCGUCGUGGACAGUGGUGGAUUUUCUGUGCCGUGUGGUUGUAGUACUUAGAGACCCCUCCCAGCGUGCGGCCCCCUCCCGCUGCGCCCCCGCUGCCCGGUGCUGGCUGGCAUGCGUGUGCGAGCGUGUGUGCGUGCGCGUGCGACAUCCCGUCAUCACUCCAGACAAAGCGAAUAAUAAUAAUAAUAGUAAUAAUAAAUAAUAAAAAUAAACCAAACCUCUCUCAGGAAGCAGCUGCCCUGGCGGCGGCCGAGUGGGCCGGGGGUCCCCGGAGCUGGCGGGGCCCCAGCGCAGCCUGCGGACGGGCGCCAGCGCUCGGGGUCACCUUUGUAGUGUUGUGUUAGUGAAGGGUCCCUGUGUCUGUUAUCUUGGAGAAACAGGAUUUUAGCCGAGGGGCAGUGAUGACCCCAUCUGGGCCUGCCUUGGGGUGUGACACAGCUGGCCCUUGCUCUGCAGAACCUCGGCUAACAAAGAUCCUGACUGUUGUGAUUAUGGAAUAAAGUGUGUUGGUCUGCUCC